UGCGCUGCCAGGUGUGUUCAAACCUGCCGCAGAUGUCUCCACGCUGCGUGGGCCGGACUUCCCGCGACGCGCACACACGCACACACACCCUGGUCGUCACGGAGGCUACCUGGAGCGCCGCGCCGUGAUUGGCGGGGUGAGUGCGGCCGAGGCGAGCGGCACGAACACGCCGUGGGAUGACCGGCACGCCUUCCACGAAGCAUCACUUUUGGCUCCGCUCGUUGAUCCCACGCCGCCAUGUCCCGCACCCUGAAGAAGAAGAAGCACUGGUCCGGCAAGGUGGUGGAGUGCGCCGUGUCGUGGGGGAGCCUCGGGGACUUCGGCUCCGUGGUGGAGGUCCUGGGGGGCGCCGAGCUGGGCCAGUUCCCGCACCUGGGCCAGAUGAAGCUGGACCUGCUGGUGUGUCACGUGGGCAAGCUGCCCUACUACGGCGACGUCCUGAUGGAGGUCAACGGCACGCCCGUCAGUGGACUAACUAACCGCGACACGCUGGCCGUCAUACGACACUUCCGGGAGCCCGUCCGCCUGAAGACGGUCAAACCAGGCAAAGUCCUGAACACCGACCUGCGCCACUACCUCAGUCUGCAGUUCCAGAAGGGUUCGCUGGACCACAAGCUCCAGCAGAUCAUACGGGACAACCUCUACCUGCGCACCAUCCCGUGCACCACCAGGCUCCCUCGAGACGGGGAGGUACCUGGCGUGGACUACAACUUCAUCAGCCUCGGGGACUUUAGGAUCCUGGAGGAGAGCGGCCUUCUUCUGGAGAGUGGCACCUACGAUGGUAACUUCUACGGGACACCCAAGCCGCCCGCCGAGCCCAACCUGGUGCAGCCCGACCUGGUGGACCAGGUCCUGUUCGACGAGGACUUCGGCGGCGAGGUUUCGCGGAAGCGCACCACCUCGGUCAGCAAGAUGGACAGGAAGGACAGCGCCGUCCCCGAGGAAGAGGACGACGACGAGAGGCCGCCGCUGGUCAACGGCUUGCCUGACCACAAGGCCGACUGGAGGCGAGCCGUGCCCAGCUACGCCCAGUCCAGCAGCGCCAUGGACUUCCGCACGUGGAGCUCGCUGCCCCGCGACGACAGCCUAGAGCCGCUCCCGCUCAACUGGGAGAUGGCUUACACCGAGACCGGCAUGGUCUACUUCAUAGAUCACAACACCAAGACGACCACGUGGUUGGACCCCCGCUUGGCUAAGAAGGCAAAGCCCCCAGAGAAGUGUGAGGAUGGGGAGUUACCUUACGGCUGGGAGGAAAUUGACGACCCGCAGUACGGAAACUACUACGUUGACCACAUCAACCAGAAAACCCAGUUUGAGAACCCGGUCCUGGAGGCCAAGAAGAGGCUGAGCCAAGGGACAGCCGUCAUCCAGAAGGCUGCAGCAUCUCAUGGUAAGAGCGGCCUGCCGGGCUUCACCAGCGACCCGACCCAGCUGAAGGGCGACCUGUACCGCACGGCGCUGAAGAAGAGCUCCCAGGGUUUCGGCUUCACCAUCAUCGGGGGCGACCGCACAGACGAGUUCCUGCAAGUGAAGAACGUGUUCAGCGACGGCCCAGCGGCCCAUGACAACAAAAUGGCGUCAGGUGAUGUGAUUGUGGAGAUUAACGGGCUUUGCGUUCUCGGAAAGACUCACCCGGAGGUGGUGCAGAUGUUCCAGUCCAUCCCCAUCAACCAGUACGUGGACAUGGUCCUCUGCCGCGGCUACCCGCUUCCCCCGGACGUGGACUUGGACAGCGACGACCCUUUGCCGCUUCCCCCUCUGCCGCCGUCCAACCAGCCCCAGCCGGCUUUGCACGGAGGCGAGGUGGUGACCGCCGUGCCGCUCAUCAACGGACAGCCGCUGCUCGUCAAAGGCGACGUCCUCCACGGCUCCUCGCAGGAGCUCCACUACGUCACCACGGACUCCAGCGGCCGGCCGGUGGUCGCCACCUUGUCCAACGGGCGGCAGGGCGAGCUGGGGGAAUCGGCCGUCGGGAUGCUGCAGCCCGAGCUGGUGAGCGUGCCGCUGAGCAAGGGCCCGGGAGGCUUCGGCUUCGCCAUCGCCGACUGUCCGCUGGGCCAGAAGGUGAAGAUGAUCCUGGACGCCCAGUGGUGCCGCGGCCUCCAGAAGGGAGACGUCAUCAAGGAGAUCAACAGGCAGAACGUGCAGACGCUGAGCCACGCCCAGGUGGUGGACAUUCUCAAAGACUUCCCCGUGGGGAGCGAGGUCAACGUGCUGGUGCUGCGUGGAGGUCAAACAUCUCCUGUGAAGAGUCUCAAGCCUAGACAGGAAAUGACGGCCAGCACAGAGACCUUGGACUCUCUCGGCGACCCCGCCCCCCCGGCGCUGCCCUACCACUCCAACACGAGCACCCUGCGCGCCCCUGUCGACUCCCCCAAGCGUGACGCCGCGGAGUUGUACCUGAAAUCCAAAGCCCUGCUGGACAGCAGACAGCCCUACACCAAAGACAUUGAUGUUUUUCUCAAGAGAGACAUCGAGACGGGCUUCGGCUUCCGUGUUCUGGGCGGAGAAGGUCCACAACAGCCAAAUGUCUUCCCCCAGGUCUACAUCGGGGCCAUCGUGCCCAACGGGGCGGCGGAGAAAGACGGCCGCCUGCGGGCCGGCGACGAGCUCAUCGGCAUCGACGGCGUGAUGGUGAAAGGCCGCUCGCACAAGCAAGUGCUGGACCUGAUGACGAACGCCGCCCGCAACGGCCAGGUGAUGUUGACCGUGCGCAGGAAGGUCAUCUACAGAGACACCACGGAGGAGGAGGCUCUGGAAAUGGCGUCCACGCUGGUGAACGGUUCCCCCAAGCUACCUCGGCCCCUGCCCAUGCCGAGCGCUCUGGACCACGAGUCUUUCGACAUCACGCUCCACCGCAAAGAUACCGAGGGCUUUGGCUUCGUCAUCCUCACGUCCAAGAGCAGACCCCCCCACGGAGUUAUCCCUCACAAAAUCGGCCGCAUCAUCGAAGGCAGCCCGACCGACCGCUGCGGGCUGCUGCACGUCGGCGACCGCAUCUCCGCCGUCAACGGGCGCUCCAUCCUGGAACUGUCGCACAACGACAUCGUGCAGCUCAUCAAGGAUGCCGGCAACGUGGUCACUCUGACCGUGGUCCCCGAGGACGAGUACAAGGGGCCUCCAUCUGGGGCCAGUUCUGCUCGACAGAGUCCAGCUCUUCAGCACCGAGCCAUCGGACAGCGGUCGGCACUACAGGAUGAACGCUACAACCUCGACUUGGAGGACAAACGGGACAGAGCCUCCUGGUCGGAACAUAAAACCAUACCAGUGGAACAGGGGGCGCUGUGUGUAACAGGACCCAACCAGGGCUGUCUGACCGUGGAGCUGGACAGAGGGCCCCGAGGCUUCGGCUUUAGCCUCCGAGGGGGCACCGAGUACAACAUGGGGCUGUACAUCCUGAGGCUGGCUGAGGACGGGCCCGCCCAGCUGGACGGAAGGAUCCAUGUCGGGGACGAGAUUGUGGAGAUCAACGGGGAACCGGCUCGCGGCAUUUCCCACACACGCGCCAUCGAGCUGAUCCAGGCGGGAGGAAGCAAAGUGGCGCUGCUGCUCCGACCUGGGGCGGGUUUGACUCAAGAUGGUGGUCAAAAACACAUUUCACCCUCAAGCUACACCAGGGAGGUGUUUUUUUCGGACACGUCACCCCUGUCCUCUCCAUAUCACACCGGGGCGCCAACCCUCAUGUCCCCUCCUUACCCCGGCAGUCUGAAACACUCCCGCAGCUGGAGCGCCACAUCCCCGAGAGGCCUGCGGCGCCACAGCAACAUGGUUUUGAGCUCAUUGAAGGAGCGUGACGAGUGGCGGGGAGACAAGGAGGCGGAGACGGCCGUGCGGUCGACCAGCAUGAAAGAGGUCAGAGAGCUGAGCGGCCCAAAGAAAGCGGCGGAAACUUCACCUCAAGCCAAAGACGGGCCUAGCAGCCCCAGGAAGACGGAGAGCCGGGCGCAGGUAGCAGCACGGAACCAGAACAUGACGAUUAGAACGCGGUCUGCGAGCAUGGGGGCUAGCAACCUCGACCAAAGACACAAGGACUCCAGAAGCAGUGAGAACUUGCGUCAUGUCAACAACCUUAAGUCCAACUUUGAGACUGGAGGAAAGCCAAAGCUUAGACCGAGACACGAGUCCAAAAGUCUUAAAGAAAUAUCUCUUCAUGGUCCCAAGUCGGACUUUGAGACCGGAGGAGAGCCAAAGCCCAGACCGAGACAUGAGUCCAAAAGUCUUAAAGAAAGAUCUCUUCAUGAUCCCAAGUUGGACUUUGAGACCGGAGGAGAGCCAAAACCCAGACCAAGACAUGAGUCCAAAAGUCUUAAAGAAAGAUCUCUUCAUGGUCCCAAGUCCGACUUUGAGACCGGAGGAGAGCCAAGGCCUAGACCGAGACACGAGUCCAAAAGUCUUAAAGAAAAAUGUCUUCAUGGUCCCAAGUCCGACUUUGAGACCGGAGGAGAGCCAAGGCCUAGACCGAGACACGAGUCCAAAAGUCUUAAAGAAAAAUCUCUUCAUGGUCCCAAGUCCGACUUUGAGACCGGAGGAGAGCCUAAGCCCAGACCCAGACACGAGUCCAAAAGUCUUAAAGAAAGAUCCCUUCAUGCUCUCAGAGAGCAUGGUUCUAGUCGAGACUCGAGCCACAUCAAGGACCAGAGUGCGGAGGACAGGAAGAGACCUAAAGAGGCUUCCUUCAAAGAGUCACCUAGCGAGCCAAAGGGAAGAAACUCCAAAAAUCAAACUAGCAAGGCAGACCUUGUGGUGUACGUUAGCAGGUCUCCCAGAAGCCCUCAGAGCUCCAAGGGACCGAUCAGCCCCGGCGAAUGGAAGAUUCCCAGCCAAGUCAGAAUCCUGUCCCAGGCUGAAGUCCUCCUUGAUCCCUCUUGACGGAUUGAUUCUGUCCUUAGGAUUGUCUGUGCCACCUCUGUGGAUUGUUUAGAGCGCUUCCAGUAAAAGUGCUACCAGGUGCCGCUUUUCUAAGCCGUGGUCCUCAUCCUCCGGCAGCACCGGUGGCGUGUAGCAGACUCGGAGCUGGGACGUCUUCUCAUGUGAAUUUGUGCCAACACCACCAAGAGCAGCACCUCGCCCGUGACCACGCAUCCAUCCGUUAUGCAAGGCGAGGAGGAAAGGUCAUUGGGCUUCUUUUUUCUUUUUUUUUUUUAAGACUCGUUUCCUGAGCUGCUUUGCUCGGCUGCAUGCAGUCCACCCUCGGUUUUUACCGCACGUCUCACACAACACCCGUAUCCUCAUCCUCGUCCACAAGCCGAGCGACUCUGAGACUGUUCUUAACUCUCUUCCAUACGCUGCAUCCUUCAAAUGACCAGAAACUUGUGCUUUUUCAGAUCUCGUAUGACAAAACCGAACAAAGGAAACCAUACACGGAGGAGAAAAAGGUUCGAAAUGUGUGUUUGGUAGAUUAUUUCUCUGUGGACAAUGUCGGACAACACUUGUCUUGUGUGUCCGUAGCUUUCAGGCUCAUGAGUCGUCCCUUGCUCGUCACGGUUAAUUAAGAAUAAAUCGAAUUAUUUCAUAGUUAGACCAUAAAAACAACCUUCUAAAUAUGUUUUAUUUAACAUUAUUAGAGCCAUCUAAACAGGAAAUAAUUCUCAUAUAGUCAAUAUACCGUAUUUUCCGGACUAGAGAGUGCAUCGGUAUAUAAGCCGCACCCACCGAAUUUUAGAAGAAAUAAAUAUGUUUCCAUUUAUAAGGCGCAGAUAUAUACGUUGUGAAAUGAGUUACUUACACAGAAAUAUUCUGUAAAUUUUUAUUUACAUACCUUAAUUGUGUCUGUAGCGCGGCAGUAAAACGGCUGAUCAAACAAAACAGAAAUCAUGGUCAUGGACCCACAGCUAAACAGACUCAAUAACUCCACAGUGACGUUUUGGUGAAUUUGCUGAGGAAUUUGUGAAACAAUACAAAAAGAAUGCUGUUGUAAGUUAAUAAUAUUAACACAGACACUCGUAAACGUGUUAGCAUAUUAGCUAAUGCUAAUGACGCUAGCUGGAGUACAUUUCGCUAGCACGUACAAAUAUGCACGAAACCCCCCCCCCCCCCCCCCCCCACAGACAUUUAGUGAGUAAGAAUUGUUUUAGUUAUAUUGUAAAACUUACAAACGUUGCUUGGAGUGACGAAUGAAGAAACCAUACGAGUAGAACCGCUAUGGACCGCGAGAAGUCUGAACGUCACUGUACUUCCUCACUACCAUUAAAUGGAAGGACACUGCGACGCCUUCAGUGAGUGAAUUCGUCCAAAAGAUGGCGCCAUAACCCAGGAAUUUGUGACAGUGAAACAAUACAAAAAGAAUGCCGUUGUCAGUCAAUAAUACUAACACGGACACUCGUAAACGUGUUAGCAUAUUAGCUAAUGCUAACAACGCUAGCUUGAGUACAUUUCAAUAGCACGUACAAAUAUACACGAAAACGACCCGACAUACAUUUAGUAGGUAAUAAUUGUUUUAGUUAUAUUGUAAAACUUACAAACGUUGCUUGGAGUGACGAAUGGAGAAUACAUACGUGUAGAAACGCUAUGGACGAGAACCCAACAUUGAUUAAACGUCGUCAAAAAGCACAUUGUUUCAACGUUGUAUUUGUGUUGUAGAACAUUAGUUGGGAUAUCACCAAGAUUCAAUGGUCUAAUCAACGUCAGAACCCAACAUUGAUUAAACGUUGCCAAAAAGCAUGUUGUUUCAACGUUGUGUUUGUGUCGCUCAACGUCAGGACCUAAUUCAACAAGUUCUCAACGUUGUUUCAAUGUCUUGUGCCUUGCUGGGGUUGACGUCCAUGAGGAAGGCAGUGCGGACAUUAUAGUCACAUUUUAACAUCAUACUCGGUCUGGUAUAUCUCCAAUAUCAUUUUAUUUUCUACCAAAAAUAAUAUUCUGGAGUAAAACAGAGCCCAGAACAUUGUACGGCCACAAGAGUCAGAAUCUACCAAACACACCUGUGACGCUGUAGAUACACGUACAGUAGCCCGUCCAGGUUUUCAUAUCGCCGUUGUCCUCUGAGGGACCCAGCGUGGUCCCGGUGUGUGGUAGGUAACAAACCUUGUACAAAAUCUUUAUACUUCAUGACAUGUAGAUGUCACGUGCAAACCGCUGUAAGAAAUGCUUCAAAUGUCUCAUAGUCAAUUAUGAUAUAGAUUAAAAUAUAUAAUUAGGUAAAUAUAUGUAAAUAAAUUGAUGACUUAUUCAU